GGCUCGGAGAUCCUGUUUGGCAUCUCCCCGUGCUCCCUGGCGCUCACCCAGUCCCGCAGGGACCUGUUCAGGCUGUUCCUCAAGCAGAGCAGUGGCCCUCGGCGCCUGGUGACCAGUGAGCUUGUCCUCCAGGCCACAGCUCGUGGUGUCCCCGUGCACCAUGUCCCAAGGAGAGAGCUGGAUGCUCUCUGCAAAGGUCAUGUCCACCAGGGAGUGUGUUUGGAGGCCUCUCCUCUCUGCUACAAGAGUCUGGAGGAAGAUGAGCAGCCUGAUGUGGGGGAUGAAGAGAGCACAAAGCGACAGCUGAUCUGGCUGGUGCUGGAGCAGAUCCAGGAUCCCAUGAACCUGGGGGCACUGCUGCGCUCUGCCUACUUCCUGGGGGUGGACAGAGUGGUGACAAGCCAGAGGAACAGUUGCCCCUUGACUCCAACAGUGAGCAAAGCCAGUGCUGGAGUGAUGGAAGUCUUCGAUGUCUACAGCACAGAUGAUCUCCAGAGCUUUUUGAAG